GCCCUGUUCCCCCCGGCGCUCGGAUCCCGAGUCCGCGGGAAGAUGGCGGCCCCGCUCAUUCCCCUCUCCCAGCAGUAAAUGUGUACUACAGUACUACUUGAUCUGAGGUUGGUUGACUCCAUAGAUGUGGAACUGCAGGUACAGAGGAACUGUAUAUGGAGGGCUGACUAUUCACACUGGAAAUCCAUUAUAUGAAUCUUAUUACAAGCAGGUAGACCCAGCAUACACAGGGCGAGUUGGGGCGAGUGAAGCUGCACUUUUUCUAAAGAAGUCUGGGCUCUCAGACAUUAUCCUUGGGAAGAUAUGGGACUUGGCCGACCCAGAAGGUAAAGGGUUCUUGGACAAACAGGGUUUCUAUGUUGCACUGAGACUAGUGGCCUGUGCACAGAGCGGCCACGACGUUACCUUGAGCAAUCUGAAUUUGAACAUGCCGCCGCCUAAGUUUCACGACACCAGCAGCCCUUUGAUGGUCACACCGCCUUCUGCAGAGGCCCAUUGGGCUGUGAGGGUAGAAGAAAAGGCAAAAUUUGAUGGAAUUUUUGAAAGCCUCUUACCCAUCAGUGGUUUGCUUUCUGGAGACAAAGUCAAACCAGUCCUCAUGAACUCAAAGCUGCCUCUUGAUGUCCUGGGCAGGGUCUGGGACCUCAGUGACAUCGACAAGGACGGGCACCUGGACAGAGAUGAGUUUGCUGUGGCCAUGCACUUGGUGUAUCGAGCCCUCGAGAAGGAGCCUGUGCCCUCCGCCCUGCCCCCAUCCCUCAUCCCACCGUCCAAGAGGAAGAAGACGGUGUUCCCGGGAGCUGUGCCUGUCCUGCCUGCCAGCCCCCCACCGAAAGACAGCCUCCGCUCCACACCUUCCCACGGCAGUGUCAGCAGCCUGAACAGCACUGGAAGCCUGUCUCCCAAGCACAGUAUCAAGCAAACACAGCCAACAGUAAACUGGGUGGUGCCAGUGGCAGACAAGAUGCGAUUUGAUGAGAUAUUCCUGAAGACCGACCUGGACCUGGACGGCUAUGUGAGCGGCCAGGAGGUGAAGGAGAUCUUCAUGCACUCGGGCCUCACCCAGAACCUUCUAGCACACAUAUGGGCCCUGGCCGAUACGAGGCAAACGGGGAAGUUAAGCAAAGACCAAUUCGCGUUAGCUAUGUAUUUCAUUCAGCAGAAGGUCAGUAAAGGCAUCGAUCCCCCUCAAGUCCUCUCGCCGGACAUGGUCCCACCUUCAGAGAGAGGCACUCCCAUCCCGGACAGUUCAAGUUCUCUUGGAUCGGGGGAGUUUACUGGUGUGAAGGAACUUGAUGAUAUCAGUCAGGAGAUCGCCCAGUUACAAAGAGAGAAAUACUCACUGGAGCAAGACAUUAGAGAAAAGGAAGAGGCAAUCAGACAGAAAACCAAUGAAGUACAGGAAUUGCAAAAUGAUUUAGACCGGGAAACAAGCAGUUUGCAAGAGCUGGAAGCUCAGAAACAGGACGCCCAAGACCGCCUCGACGAAAUGGAUCAGCAAAAGGCCAAGCUCCGAGACAUGCUGAGCGACGUCAGGCAGAAGUGCCAGGAUGAGACCCAGAUGAUUUCCUCACUGAAGACGCAGAUCCAGUCUCAGGAAUCCGACCUCAAGUCCCAGGAAGACGACCUGAACCGGGCCAAAUCUGAGCUGAACCGACUGCAGCAGGAGGAGACGCAGCUGGAGCAGAGCAUUCAGGCUGGGAAAGUUCAACUGGAAACCAUCAUCAAGUCCCUGAAAUCCACGCAGGACGAGAUCAACCAGGCAAGAAGCAAGCUUUCCCAGCUGCACGAAAGCCACCAGGAAGCCCAGAGGAGUCUGGAGCAGUAUGACGAGGUGCUCGACGGGGCCCACGGUGCCAGCUUGACCAACUUAGCAGAGCUGAGCGAGGGCGUCUCCCUGACAGAGAGGGGCGGUUUUGGAGCCAUGGACGAUCCUUUCAAAAAUAAAGCCUUGUUAUUUAGCAACAACGCCCAAGAAUUGCAUCCGGAUCCAUUUCAGGCAGAAGACCCCUUCAAAUCUGACCCAUUUAAAGGAGCUGAUCCCUUCAAAGGUGACCCGUUCCAGAGCGACCCCUUUGCCGAACAACAGACGGCUUCAACAGAUCCAUUCGGAGGGGAUCCUUUCAAAGAAAACGACCCAUUCCAUGGCUCUGCCCCCGACGACUUCUUUAAGAAACAGACAAAGAACGACCCAUUUACCUCAGACCCAUUCACGAAAAACCCUUCCUUACCUUCAAAGCUCGACCCCUUUGAAUCCAGUGAUCCUUUUUCAUCCUCCAGUGUCUCCUCAAAAGGAUCAGGUCCCUUUGGAACCUUAGACCCCUUCGGAAGUGGGUCCUUCAAUAGUGCUGAGGGCUUUGCCGACUUCAGCCAGAUGUCCAAGCCCCCAACUUCUGGCCCUUUCACCUCCUCCUUUGGAGGGGCAGGAUGCUCAGAUGACCCCUUUAAAAGUAAACAGGACACUCCCGCUCUGCCUCCGAAGAAACCUGCUCCUCCGCGGCCUAAACCGCCCAGCGAAGCAGUGGCUGAACAGGAAAUCCCUGCGUUGUACACACUGCUGGGUGGUAAAAGUACACCCGUAAGCCAGCUUGGUUCUGCAGACUUUCCCGAGCCCCCUGAUCCAUUCCAGCCACUCGGGGCUGACAGCAGUGACCCGUUCCAAAAUAAAAAGGGGUUUGGGGACCCGUUUAGUGGAAAAGAUCCAUUUGCUCCCUCCUCUUCAGCUAAACCUUCUAAAGCCUCCUCCUUGGGCUUUGCAGACUUCACCUCUUUUGGCAAUGAGGAGCAGCAGCUGGCGUGGGCCAAGCGGGAGAGCGAGAAGGCGGAGCAGGAGAGGCUGGCGCGGCUGCGGCGGCAGGAGCAGGAGGACCUGGAGCUGGCCAUCGCACUCAGCAAGGCUGACAUGCCUGCCGCCUAGGCGCGGCCCCGUGUUCGCGCCCACCGGCAGCACGGCCGCGGGGCAGGCUUGCCACAGGCGAGGCCUCGGAAGUCCCUAUAGAUAGACGCACACUCGGUCUCGGCGGUCCCCGCUUCACGUUGUGACAUGUCACAGCCACUGUUACGUCAAGGGCUCGCUGGUCGGAGGGCCUCGGGCUCUGGGUGGCUCACCCAGGGCAUGGAAACACAGCUCAUCCCAGUGCGGGAGGCCCGAGGAGAUGCCCAAGGAUCCACCUCUUUGCUGUGACAUCCCCGUCUCCCUCCCAGAACCAGCAGGACGAGCAGAGGAAAGCGCCUGUCUCCUGCCUUUCAUCCCCUGCUCACAGCUGGGCAAGUACCAGCGUGUGGGGCGCACCCCACCCCGUCGCCUCCCUGACCUCCCUCUGAGACAGACACCCCGGUGAUGUAUGCAUUCAUUGUAUAAAAAUUAAGUUUGAAUGAUUAAUAUAAAAUAUUUUAAUACAAAACACAAGAA